AGUCGUCGGGCCUGGUUACGGUGCGGAGCUGCGGCCGCCGGGCUCCGGUGUGUCGGUGCCACUGCCGUCGGUCGGUCGAUGGACCGUCCGUCGGCGGCGGCGCGGCGGUGCGGCCGGAUCCGCGCCCGCCGCCGCCGUGCUGCGCCGAGCACGGCGGCGCGCCGGCCGCUCCGUCAGACGUUAGUGGUGCGCCGCGCCGACCGGACCACCACGCGCCGCACCGCACCGCACCGCCGCCCGCGCCGCCGCCACCAUGGACUCGUGUCUGAGCCCCGGCCUGGACGUGGUGAUGAGUCCCACAGGAGACGAGGAGGUUCGUACCCUGUUCGUGUCUGGCCUGCCUAUGGACGCCAAACCCCGCGAGCUCUACCUUCUCUUCAGGGAGUACGAGGGCUACGAGGGCUCGUCUCUGAACGUUACCAGCAAAAACGGCAAGACCUCGUCGCCGGUGGGCUUCGUCAAAUUCAACACACGGGACGAGGCGGAGAUCGCUAAGAACAGGGCCCAGGGCGCUCGCUUCGACCCCGACCUACCCCAGACCAUACGGCUGGAGUUUGCCAAGAGCAACACCAAAGUGAGCAAGCCUAAGCAGCAGGUGUCGGCGGCCGCACCGCACCCAGCACUGAUGCACCACGCGUUCACACCGGGACCAGAUGUGGGCAACUUCUACGGUCCUGGCGCGGAUAUCUGGCAGGCCCACCCGGCCCUGGCGUACGGCGCAGACGUACCGACGACUCUGCAGCACGCGCCACUGCUGCACCCGGCGCUGCAGGCCACCCAGCUGCCGAGCCAGCUGCAGCUCUCCGGUCUGAGCGCCAUCGGCUCCCUGCCGCUGCUCUCGGCCGCCGGUCUGGGUCCGUCUGCGGCCCCUCUGUCCGGUAACACGCCGUGCUCCACGCUGUUCGUGGCCAACCUGGGCCAGACCGUCACCGAACAGGUGCUCAAGGAGGUGUUCAGCACUGUGGCCGGGUUCACUCGGCUGCGGAUGCUCACCAAGGGCGGCUCGCCAGUGUCGUUUGUCGAGUACCAGGACACCACCCAGGCGGCUCUGGCUAUGGCGCGUCUCCAGGGCAUCGUGCUUUGCCCGGAGCGGGGCGGCAUACGCAUCGAGUACGCCAAGACGAAAAUGGUGGACAAUGGUAACCAGGACUGAGCCUGAAGUCCACCCACAGCGACCGCUGUCGGUCAGCUCGCAGCUGGUACACGCUUCUGUCGCUGGGCGGCGCUGCGGUCGGCCGCUGCUGCUGAGCGCCACCUAUGGGAGUGGUGAGGUGCCGGACCGCCCCCGCCUGCCCCGGCCGGUGAGGCAGCGCUACUGCCCCCAGGACCCGCUCGCCCGGGACCCUGCCGCCGUAUCAGGUGACCCGGGCCCGUCCAGAGCUCUCCGGGCUCGGAAACUACUCACAGCAUAUCAACGCCAGCCUUUAUCACUAGACCAGUGUCAUUGUGUGUUUUCUAAUGCGGUGUCUCCUCGCGAGUUUGGACGCGUCAGCUCACAGUUUGGUCAGGUGACACUAUCGGCAUUCUACGUUAGUGCUUUGCAUUUUGCAAUAGCAGUGAACAAUGCCCCGAUCGUCGAGCUAAAAUGCUGAAACGCAGCGUUGCGGUACGCUGAUUUCCAUCGGAUUCAUGACGAUUUAACUGCAUCCAUUCCGUAUUGCUGUAAAAAGUAAUGUGCUUGUGUUGAUUAACCAAAGAUAAGGCAGGCGUGAGCCUUGCUGUUUUAUUUACCAGUACGUGCGUGGGUAGCUGUCAUGCCCUAACCUAUGUUCCGUGUGUGAAGCGGCAAUCAGUCAGAUCGGCAGCCUGAGUUUGUUGUUCGGGCGCGUUCCUAUCCAUAGUCCAUACAUGUAAGAGCCUUAGCGCGGGUCGGUCCGCGCGGGCUCAGCCGGUGUGGGCCGAGGGAGGGCUGGGUCGUGCCCGCCCGCCCCGCGGUCCGCUGGCUCUGACUGAUGUGGGACGCUCCGCGGCGCUCCGUCGGCGCUGUCCCAGCAGUCAGCGGCUCGGCGGCUGCCGUCUGAAUCCGUCCACUGUAGCUGUAGUAUGUGACCGCGCGCUGCCGAGUAUGCCCGAUCUGCGCCUGUAGCGGCGGGCCGGCGGCGUCACCGACCGGGCUCGUGUAUCAAACUGCGGUCCGUGCAGACCCACCCAGCCCGGCCCGGCGCUUUGGAGACUGGCGAUCCGGCGGCGAGCGGGGCUGCCUCCCUGUCGAGGGCGCGGCGGUCGGCUCGUCCAGCUCUGCCCGUGGACUGACCGCCCUGUCCAGACCGCUCGGUCGGUCCCAGUCCCAACUGCGACCCUGCAUUGCCUUAUACCGGGACGUCGCCGUGCUACCGGCAGCUGAGACUCGUGUGUCCGUGUCCAGUGUUUGUAUUUACCACGGCGGCGGCUCGCGCGGUGCUCGUACAGCCUCCGCGUGCGGUGUCCGCUCCGUGGAGCCGAGCCUUUGCGUGCGAGGUGUGGGCGCGAUCCCUCCGUACCCUGAAGGAACUCAACAUAUCAGCGUUCCAUCCGAGGCAGCCCGCGGCCAGGCGCGCUGCCCUAGUGAGCAGACUUUGUACUGUUUGUGUGCAUUUAGAAUCUCACGUGAACAUAGCUCUGUAGAUCCUGUAGAGGCAGUUAUUGCUAGCUUUCAAAGUGACAGGUGUAUGAGCAAUACAAGGCUAGCUAGGGAAACUAAAGCUGUAGCGAGAUGUGCGAUCAGCAGCAUCGCGGCUUUUCAUAGACCUGCUCACAUAUUAACCCUAAACGAGGCCUUCGCUUGGGAAAUGGAUGCAUAUCAACCUGUGGGCCUGUUGGUCGGCGUGAUAGGCGUUGUUUUCGUGUCUGUGUGCGAGUGUUUGUGUGUCGCAGUGUGAGUGUUUUCGGUGCAUGCCGGGGCGCUGUGUCGCCUCUCACGGCCGGACUGGACCUGUGCUGGUCGGCACUCUCCGUUACCGGCGUCCUCCGCGAACGGUGUCUCUUGUAUGGACAAUCCUCGCUCUAUCAUAGCGUCUCGAGGGCGGGUGCUGGCGACAGCAGUGGUACUCCUCUCCUCUUCUGUGCCCUCAGCUACAGACAAAGAGGCGUGCUCCGCUUCGUUCAACGCUCUCGGACGAGCUGUCUGCGAAUGCUGCUUUUAAUGAACCGAUCUGACGAGUCAUCAGUGUGUGUUCCGCUGAGGCGCUGAAAAAAGCUGUCCUAUCGACUCUAAUGCUGACAAUGUUCCGGUGGGACUCUCCCCACUUUAUUUUAGGAUAUAGCGGUAGCUGAUAUUAGGUCUCGCUACCGCGCGCUCCGAGAAGCCUGUUUGCGUCAACUGACGCUGACGCGGCUCUCUCGAUACCCGAGAGGCGCCCUUCUGUGGGGAGAUCCGUCUGACCCCUCGUGACCCGCCUGACCCGACCUGACCGGGCCUACCGACCUCGCGCCUCGGGCGCCAGAGCCGCGGCCCUGGACACGCGAACGCUCCUGGUCAGUUGCUUAUUAUUUAGCGUAGGACGAUAUAUGAAAUUAUCUUUAUUUGCGACUAUGUAAUUAUGUAUGCUUAGCCUGUGUUGUCUGUUGCUACGAUGACGUAGCUACAUUGUGAUUUAGUGUAUAGAUUUAUGCGUGAGUCACAAGUGUCUCUCGGAUGUGUUUUGUUCCGUUGCAAUGACGUGUACCUAGGCUAGUCAGCUGCUCCGCUGUGUGCGGUGAUCUGACUUGGCUCCUGUAUCGAUAGAAUUCGGCAUAGGGUCCAAGAGGAUGCGAGUGCUGCCUGAAUAAAUAUUGUUUGCCCAAAA